UUCUUCACUAUAUUUUUUGAUACCAACUAUUAUAAAGAAAACAUGUUCUCAGUUUUGAAGACAGUUUUUAUGUUUCUGAACUACUCCAACCUCUGGUUUGCUGCCUGGCUUAGUGUCUUCUAUUGUAUCAAGGUUGCCAGUUAUACACAGUCUUCCUUCAUCUGGCUGAAGCAAAGACUUGCCAGUCUUGUGCCCUGGAUGCUGAUCACAUCAUCACUCUACUCCAUUGCCUGCACAAUUCCAUUCACCUGGGCCAUGUGCUGCAGAAACAACAACUACACGGCUCCUUUAUCGACGGCAAAUUCUUCAGAAACGGGAGUCACAAGUAAAGAUAAUUUGAAGUUACUGAUUUUUCUGUGUAAUGCUAGUAUAGCUUUGCCUUUCAUACUGUCUGUUGCUUCAAGUAUCCUGCUGAUUAGGUCUCUCUGGAUACACACCAGACAGAUGCAAAAUAAUGCAACUGGCUUCAGGGAUCCCAGCUUAGAGGCCCAUAUGCGGGCCAUCAAGUCUGUCUGUUCCGUCCUUGUCCUCUAUAUCAUAUAUUUCAUUUCUGUGCUUCUCAUUGUUUUCAAAGUUUUUGAACCUUUAAGCACUGAGGAAGCAGUUUGCAUAGUUGUAAUGGCUGCCUGUCCAGCAGUGCACGCGAUGAUCCUAAUUUGGAGCAAUCCCAAA